AUGGAGCAGCUGCCGGACGCUUCGCCCGCACUGGCUUUUGAAAAAGACGCAUUUCAGCUGACAGUGGAAGAUGUUUAUGACAUUUCGUACGUGAUCGGCCGGGACUUGCUGAAAAUUAGCAGCGCGGGAGAAGACGUCUCUGAGCUGCAGUUCAGAAUUGUCCGGGUCCUCGAGAUGUUUGAAACGAUGGUGAAUAAAUACAACCUAUCGCUGGAAGAGCUAAAAAUGGAACGCGAUAAUUUAAAGAGCGAGCUGGAGAGAAUCCUGGGCGACUGUUCAGGCGAACAGGGAACGCAAAUGCUGGGUCCGAACAAGCUGGUGGUGGACCUGACGGACCCGAACCGGCCGCGCUUCACCAUGCAGGAGCUGAAGGAGGUUCUGCAGGAGCGGAACCAGCUCAAGGCACAGCUCCUGGUGGCCCAGGAGGAGCUCCAGAUGUACAAGAGUGGGGUCCUUCCUCAGCCGGAGUCAGCCAUGGUGGAGGUGGACCUCAACGCCCCGCCCACUGAUAUGGCCACUCGCCCUGACGCCACAGAGGUGACCAAGGAGGAAAGGACCACCAUCAAAAGCCUGUUUUCGUUCAGAAGGAAAUAGUGAGGAUGCAGACUUGAGUGAGGAUGUGACUCCACGUAUAACAGGUUUCACACUCUUCUGUACGUCUUUAUCAUCUGGAAUGGACAGUAUUUUGACAUUUUAAGUAUGGAAAUAAGGAAACCUUUGGAGGGACGGACAGUCCUACAGAGGAUUUUUAGUUUUGUAACUUAUCAGGGGACAAACACUCCUCUGCUUUUGCUGGUCAAAUUAAUCUGAAAAGGCAAGCGGACGCCUAACCUUUUAUUAUCUGGUGAGCAGUAUUGAAAAAGAGUCGAUUCCACAGGUCUGUUUUAAUCAGGUGACCCCCAAUCCUGCUCCUGGAGACCCACAUUAUUAUUUAUUUUUAAUAAAUCAGCAAACGAUGUGGAAUCAAGAACCCGGACGAGGCAAGCUGACUGUGCACAACUACUGAUUAACAGUGAAAGCUGCACACACAGUGGCUCUCCAGGAAUAGGACAGAGGAUCCCCUUCCCUACUUUAAAUGAGGUUAACUCAGACGCGCACUGUGCGGGAUUGUAGAAACACUACUGAGUAAGCAGCAUCAGCCGUGUGGUGUGACCUGUGAACACAUGGAUUGUGUUCGUGUCGGGUUCAUCUCGAAGAGCCCAGAAUAUGAAGUAUUCCGGAUUCUCGGAUCGGUUCCGCAUGAAUAACUGGACAAACCUUUUAUUAUGUUCUUCAAUACACAUUUGAGGCAGGGUUUUAUAUUUAAUAACAUUGUGGAAAUUAUAAUAAACCAUUUAGUUAUUGGGCGAGUAAGUGUACUGUGCAGAUGUUUUGUGUGGAUUUCACACACAUCACGCGUUGCUUGCUGAAGUAGCGGUGUAACACGCUUUCUGAAGUUCUCAUAUUACGAACACACUUUUCUAGGCCAUGCACCUGAAACUGUUUUAAUGCUCCUUAGUAUUAGCAUACGAGUUCAUACGUCUGGUGAAGCAUUUAUUAUGGACAUUCACAGCUUUGCAUGUUAAUUCUGUUCAAGUUCAUGCACUCCCACAUGAUGGAAGUAAUCUUUAAAAAUACAGUACGGACGGAACGUU